GGAAAAAGAAAAUAAAAUAAUUGGGCCGGAUUAUUGUGGACCAAGAGCCCAUUGCGUGGUUAUUUGGGCUGGCCCAUCAACACGAGGAAGAAGGCAUUUUUGGAGAGGAAAAAUAAUAUUAAUAUACGGAAGUAAAACCCUUCCGUUCUUCGUCUUCCAAAGGGCCAAAACCCUACUGUUUCUGCAAACAAAUUCGUCUUCCUUGCUAUUCCAAUUAGAAAAAUGGCUUUGAAUUCGAUUCUCCGUAGGGCUUCCACGUCGGUGUUUCCCCUCGCCCUACGCUCGGUUGCGACUCCUAGAAGCUUCCACCAUGCUAUCUCUGUGGCUAUCACUAUUGGGAACCGUAGUUUUAGGAAAGAGCUUAACACGGAUUUCUUUCUCCCAUUUUUUCGUUCUUAUUCGGCCGCGUCUGCCAAAAACAACGCCGAAGUUACUCUUAUUCGAGUUCUUGAGUCUGAAAUUAAAUGCGCCGAGGAAGAUGAUCAGAACAGCGUAGACGAAAUUCCAGAAGAGUUUCCUUUUGAAAUCCAAGACAAUCCUGGACAAAGAACCAUAUCACUCUAUAGAAAGUAUGAGGAUGAAAGUAUCAAAGUUGAAGUUGAUAUUCCUAAUGUUUCAGCUGAAGAUGAAGAAGAGGAUAACGAAGCUGGUGAAAACGAUGAGCAGACUCGCGAAGAAUCCAGCAUUCCCCUGGUCGUGAGUAUUUCCAAGGAUAGUGGAGAGUGUCUUGAAUUUGGCGUUACUGCCUUCCCCGAUGAAAUAUCUAUAGAUCAUUUGUCAAUCAAGAAACCAGAUGGUUCUGAAGACCAGCUUGCAUAUGAAGGACCCGAGUUCCAUGAUUUGGACGAGAACUUGCAGAAAGCUUUCCACAAAUAUCUUAAGGUUCGUGGGAUUAAACCCAGCACGACAAAUUUCUUGCACGAGUACAUGGUCAACAAAGAUAGCCGAGAGUACUUGAUGUGGCUGAAGAAUUUGAAAUUUUUUAUUGAGAAAUAAAUAACCAGCACUGAUUUUUUUCUA